AUACAUUCUGUAGGGGUUUUUUCCGACGUCAUUAAAUAACUUCUAAUUUUCAAACUUUGAGCAAAAAAAUUAUCGAGAAUUCUGCUUAGAUCGCAGUGCUCUGUGUUUAUCUUUAAUUCGUGAUACCGGCGAGCAGGAGAAUAUAGGAUGGGAAGAUGUGUUGACAGCGCGACAGUACAUGGAAUACAUCGAUUUAUCCGGUUACGCUACUCAGUUCAAGUACCAAAAAGUAAUCAGUUCGCUGCAUUCAAUAGCAUCAGCGUUGGCAAGCUGCUGUGGCUUGGGAGCAUUUCAGUCCAACACGGUUAUGAUCGAAUAUCCAUCACAAGCCGCAUUAAGUGGUCUUCCGGAUUCUCUUCUUUAUCACUAUCACAUGCAUCGGGUUUGCGUCCAGCAUUCUAAUUUGGUCGUUGUCAAAGGCACUUUUCCUUUGAAAAUGCAG